AUGAUCAUGCAGCCUAUAGUGUUAUACGAUCUCGCAGGGAAGGAGCCAGGCCAGAACCACUCCCUCGCCACUGCAAAAGCCAGAUACGCUCUUGGCUUCAAAGGGCUUGAAUACACGACUGUCCGUGUCGAUAUAGACGAGAUCGACUCCAUCCUCGUCAAGCUCGGUGCUCCGGAUGUCGGUAAACGCGCCGACGGCCGCGACAGACACGUCCUGCCCACCAUCGUCGACCCAAACACCAACCCGCGCACGAUUGUCUCGGACUCACUCCUCAUCGCAGAGUACCUCGAUCGCGCCUACCCGUCUCCCUCGAAGCUCGUGCCUGCGGAGUGCAAGGUCCUGUACCAGACGUUCGUGUACACGCUCGAUCAGCUCGCGCAGCCGUGGGACCCCUACCUCUGGGUACGCUGCAUCGAGAUCAUGUCCCCGCGCAGCGCGGAGACGUUUCGCGAGUUCUGCACGUCUUCAUCGGGCCUCGCGUGGGAGGAGAUAUCGCCCGAGGGCUCGGAGCGGCGCGAGACGCACAAGAAGGCGCUCAAGAAGAUGUGGGACGAGGUCGACGCGUGGUAUGCGAUGAGUCCCGGCAUGUGGGCAAUGGGCGGGCAGUUUACAUUCGCGGAUCUUGAGGUCGUGGGAUGGCUGAAAUCGCUUCAGCAUUCGAUGAAACCGCAGGAAUGGGACGAGAUUUGCCAGUGGAACGGAGGAAGGUGGAAGAGGAUGGUGGACGGAUUGGAAAAGUACUACAAAGCCGAUUGAGAACUCUUGAGCAACUUUCGAAUUACGUCGGAAUACGCUGAUGUAUCCCAUUAACAGAUGAG